AUGGUUCGAAUUCUGGUAACUGGAGGAAGUGGAUUUUUAGGCGGCGUGAUCAUCAAUACACUCCUCGCGCGAGGGCACUCCGUCGUGACCACCGUUCGCUCGUCAGAAAAAGCACAAUUAAUCCAGUCUCAACAACGAGGAGUACCAAGUAGCCGAUUAACUUUCAAAAUCGUAGGCGAUAUUGCCGCAGCCAACGCAUUCGAUCAAGCAGUGAUAUGCGACCCUCCCAUAUCCGCCGUCAUCCAUACGGCAAGUCCCUUCCACUACAACAUCACGAACGUGAAGGAAGACAUGCUCGAUCCUGCCGUGAACGGCACAGUUGGGAUUCUGCAAUCAGUGCACCAGAAGGCGCCGAGUGUGGAACGCGUGGUGAUCACUUCAUCCUUCGCUGCCAUGUUCAAUCCCACCAAGCCGACGGGAUCCAAAUACUCUGAGCAGGAUUGGAAUCCAGUGACGUGGGACGACAUUGAAAGCCCUGAAAAUUCCCUGGGUGCUUCCAAGGAGAAGUGUCCUCCAACGGGGAGUCAGUUCUGGGUUGAUGUACGUGAUGCGGCGUUGGCGCAUGCUCUUGCUGUGGAAAAAACGGAGACCGCUGGGAAACGGUAUUUUCUGACUGCUGGCAACUUUUGCAAUGCAGAGAUCGUCGAGAAUAUCCGACAGGGUUUCCAGGAGUUGCAGUCCAUAUUACCAAGUGGUGAUGCGUUAAGGGAUGGUGAAUAUCCACCGGGUGGUCCCAAAUAUGGCUAUGACAAUUCGUCGUCGAUUAACGAGCUGGGACUGGCGUAUCGGUCGCUGCAGGAGAGUGUGGUGGAUACAGUUAGGAGUAUGAAAGCCAUACAGGAACAGAACUAA